GCAGGAGGCGAGCCCCUCCGCUUGCGCGUCAGCGUCCCCUCAAAUAGAAAUCCGCUGCUGUCACUUCAGCCCUGCGCGCAUAGAGACUGACGGCUGCAAAACGAUAAUUAAAGGCUGAUCCCGUCCGGGUAUGCAACGUUUUCUUAUUUUGUUGAAUUAUUAUUUAUUUUUUUGUUGUAUUUCUUUAUUUUUUUUUCAACGCGAUGCCAGUGGAGGAGAGUAAAGGGAGGCUGUGAGGAGCGUUACGGAGAAUGGUAGUGAGGAUCAAGGCGCGCUGUCCCAGGAGAACUCAUCCGAAGAGCCGCCCGUGAAAGCCCGGGAUGCUCCUCUAACACCACCCGGGGCGGGUUUUCCUGAUCACAAGGUCCGAUUUGCAGAACUGGCGCUUGACUGAAAGUGAGCAAGACAGAGUUUGUGUCAUGGCUGACAAGGAAGACCAAGAUUCAGACCUCCCCUACCAAAACCUGCUGGUUCUGGGAGCAAUCGCAGCAGCCUCUGCCUUUGUGGUCACCAUCCUUAUCGUCCUCGUCUGUGUGGGUUGCCAAAGAAAAAGCAAGAGCAAGCACCCCCCGGCUGGAGACAAAGGGACAUCUGUAAAUAUGCAGGGUACGCUUCGGCAUCCAAAACUGAACUCCAUGAGUAAAUCUGACACCAGGCUGCAUGAGAUCAAUCGCUUUCCCUGCAAUGGAAACUCUGUUAGCAAGAGCCGCCCGGCCAGCAUGGACCUCCUGCUCCUCCACAGUCGGCGCUCCCAGACGGACCUGAGGCCCUCCCAUGGCCGCCAGCUCCCCCAGAUCCCCACCAGCCCCCAGGCGUCUGGCCAGGGAGGCGGAGGGAGUGGUGGCGGAGGGGAAGCGGGAGGUGAAGGAGGAGGCGGAGGCGGGAGUGGAGGUGGAGGCGGCGCAGCGGAGGCCAGAGACCACACCUACACUGAGGUCGGCCUGCGCAACAACCCGACGCCCACCCGUUACCUGGACGACGGUCUGUAUGAAAGCGUCGGGAUCCGGGAAGGCGAAGCGGCUCCCAGAGUGCCCUCUGCUCCGCUGACGUCAUCAAGCAGCACGCCAUCGACGGUCAGAGCCGCUCAGAGCCCCCCCACUCUCUCAGGAGGAGCCCGCAGUGGGAACGAGCAAGGACACGCUAGUAGAGGAAAUGGCAGAGGAAACGGCAUCACUAAUGGAACCAUGGCAGGGAGAGGAAACAAAGCGAGCGGCGUUAGCAGAUCUCCUCUGUCCUCUGUGAAUUCCCUGGUCAAUCAAGAUCCAGCUGCAGCUGAAUAUGCUUCCAUACGGAAGUUUAAAAAGGUAGACAAGUUAAGUCGGAAGGAGAAUAAUGGAGCUGACAGCAUGUCAGACAGCCAGUCGAGCGUGAGCAACUCCCCCUCCGCUGGUCCUCUUCCCCUACAUCGCAGUCAGGAGUUUCCACGCAAGCCGCUGGAGCCGUUCCAUCUGCACUCUUUCCCGAAGGAAGCGGUGUUCAUAGGCAACGGGGAGCAGUACAUUUGGAAGCCUCCGGAGGACGACGACAUCAUCACCUUGCACCCACCUCCACUCCGGGGAGAGAAUGGACAGCCAGGGCAUCCAUCGCCUCCAACUGCAAAGGAGAUUGCAGACACUUACUCCAUCGUGUGCAAAACCCAGAAAAAAAAACCUCCCAUGGAGCACAACGGAGCAAAAACCCUUCCGCGCUCCUUCGGAGGGGACAGGGGAAACCGAGGCCGGGGCCGAGGCGUCCAAGGGCAGGCCCGUUCUCAAGAGGAACCCUGCUACGAGCCUGUGGGGGACCGGUCCUGGUCUUCUGCUGUGGCUGAGUCAGACCCUGCAUACGCGAGUAUCGACGCCCACAGGAAACGUGAGCAGGGAGCAACCAAUAACAGCACAGGUGGGGGUAGCGCCACUCUGAAGAGGAAGAAGCAAACCCCUCAGCAGCAGCAGCAACAUCAGGCAGCACCAGCAGCACUACAAGGCUCAGGGCCCAUUGCUCCUCCAGUCAGAGGCCUCCCCAGUGGGGAAAACUUCUAUGAAACCAUUAGCGAUGUAAAACAGGGAGGCAACACUUCUGGCACUACCACCAUCUUCACCUUCAACGAUGGGAUGGAGAUGUACGUCACCGGCCUGUAGCACCGUAGUAGAAUCCACUGGUCCAGAUUUCAUGGAUCCUCAAGCAGGUUGCUGUACAUAGACACAGGCCCUCUACAAUCAAUGAGGAUCCAUUUUGUGUUGACAUCAGGUACAAACAGGGUCUUAAUCCAGGUUCAGACUUCCUUCGAUUGGUCUGCAUUUCAGAACCAGCCUAAGCCUAGUCCAGCCCAAAAAUGGACCAAAUAGAUUUGAACAAAACAAAAAAAUAUAUAUAUAUAAAUAUAUAUAUGUAACUGUGUCACUGGCCAUAUUCACCUACUUGUGCAUCAUUUUUCAUUAUAUCUUUAUUUUUAUAUGAACACUGUACUCUUGAAAGAGUAUGUGUUUCAACUCACAACCUGAGAAGAACACUCUUAAAAUAUAUAUGGAAAAAAAAAAAAAAGAAAAAUGUGCAUGCAUUGUGAAACUCACACAAUAGUAGACAUGAAAAUAGACAUUAGUAGCAAUGAAAGUGGAUGUUUACGGAGUAUAAGGUAAGCAAUCGGGUCACCGGUGCACAGAUAUCCCUCAUCUUGGGGUGGACAAUAAGCACAUUAAAGGCACAGUUAUUUGUGGUGCUCUGCUCUACCUACGCAAACAUAAAACAGGUUCUGAUGCUCACUGACCUGUCAUCUGGAGGAGUGUGUUUGCGGUGCUUUGUUCAAACACAGCCCUGUAAUUUGCAGGCCCGCUCAAAUGCACAGGAGUAAAUUACGGUCAUUGUCUUCAUUCCGCAAAUUGUCAUCAGUAUCAGCUGUUAGUAAGAGCCCUCGUGAUAGAAUUAGAAAGUGAGCUUUUGCUCAAUAAGGCUUAGAUUAAGACAAAAGUUGAAAAUGCACCGUCACGUUUGGCAAACUGUUGCUGGAGACAUGAUGACACCACCCUCCACCCAGAUGCACACAUAUUUGGCAGUCAUGCAAGGUGAAGUGAUCAGGUCGAGGGCAGCAAAUGUUUUGUGCAAGAAUUUCCGCAGUGUGAUCAUUUCCCAAUGAGAGAGCUUAACUGUACUGCAGGGGUAAAAGCAAUUAGGGUUUUUAAAAGAAAAUAAAGAAGUGAAAGAGUUUCAAUACCAAUGCAGGAUGUUUCAGUCUGUUCAGUUUGUGUCAUUUCUUAUGCGGAUUGUAAACAUCUUAUUUCAUAGUCUCUGUAUUUUUUGCACAGGACAACUGCCUGACUGCUGAGCCUAGCUGUACCCCUGAAGGGAAUAUUAAAGCACAGUUUUGAUUUGCUCUGAGCACUCAAAAAAAAAAAAAAAAAAAAACUAGAGCUCCACGUAGCUCACCAGACUUGAGUCCUGUGGUUGAAAUAGUAACAGAGGGGUCUGGACUCCAAAGAAAAUAUAAAGCUGGACACAAAUAUUACCAUUUAGUGUCUUUUUGAAAAGUUGUUCAUCUCUUUCUCCCCGGUCUAGUUUCCAGUUUCUGUGCUGGGUUCUCUUCCAUCAUAAACAGUCUUUCCCUGGUAGCUUUGGGAACCAUUAUAAAAAGAAUGCAGGAAGAAAGACUUUUAGGACUUGAUGCAGUGUUGGGAGAAUGUAUUUGCCCCUUUAUAGAUUUGUUCGCUCUUUUUUGGGGGGGAGUUUUGACAAACUUCAAUCUUUCAAAUUUUGAACCAAGUUUUAAACAAAUUACCUACUGUAAAUACAAAAUUCAGUUUUCAAAUUGUAUUAAAUAUUAAAAAAAAUAAAACAUCUAAAACUAUCUUGGUCUCUUAUGAAAACAUAUUAGUCUUAAACCUUAUUGCUAGUUUUAGACUGUAAUCUGUCAAUCUUUUACACCACUACGGGUGAAUUUAAAAUGCUCUUCUUUGUCGAAUUGUCUUUACUCAGCAACAAUGCAGGAUUUUUGAGCAUUAAGGGCCUACUAUGUCCACCACUGUUCUUGGCCAACGUUUUCCCCUCUUAAGGAUAAUGGCUGUUAGUGAGACUACCUAGUCCCAAAGUCCGAGAAAUGGCUUGGUAACCCUUUCCAGACUGGUUGGUGUAAGGACCUUUUUUUUUGUUUGUUUGUUUAGAUCAUUUGGCCUACUUCAUGGUGUUUGACAGGUUCUAUUUAAGUGAUUUUCUAAUUUUCUUGGUUCUUGCAGUAAUCAGGUCAUGCUGUGUAAAGUGAAAGAUUGCCUAAAAGACUGUGACUAAUCACAAAUAUUUAUUGAUAUAAGAAGGGGUGAAAGAUUUGAAAUCAGUAUUAGAAAACUGCUUUUGUAUUUACUCAGGUUGUCAAUGACUGAUAUUAACAUUUUGAUCAUUUGUGUGUCACAAAGACACUAAAAUAAAAUAACUUUGUUUUGGGGGUAAAUACUUCUUUACAAUACUGUAAAGGGAGAAUUGGUUAAGUUUAUAUUCUAUUUACUUGCUGUGUGACAAGGACGGGUUUAAAGAGGUUUUAAGAGAGAGAUAUAAAUGCUACUGUGUCAGAAAGUAUGUAAAAACAAAUGCUCACUGUAUGUUGAAGCACUGUUUAAUUUUUAACCUAACUAAUGACAAUACAUUUGGUUAAAUAGCUUACACCACUGCCAUGAAAAGAGUAUAUUUAUGUUGUUGAUGCUACUUUUCUUUUCUGCUUGAGCAAGUAAGUGCAUGCCUUGAUAUAUGGAGAUGAAAACAAAUAGUGUGUUACUUAUCUCUCGUUUCUAUUUUAUGUUGUACUUUUUGUCAUGUAUUGUAAAAGCAGCAUUUUGUUUAGCCAAAGCAGCAACUUUAACGAGCAAAAGAGAGAGGAAGGGAUAGAGAGGAGCCAUUGGGAGAAAAUGGAAGAGUUGUUUAUUCUUUUCCCCAGAGGGAGCAGGAAAGCGGGAUAGAGUGGGGUUGGGGGUGGGGGAGAAAUGCACAGCUAGUGUAAAGCCAGAUGAGCGUCAGUGCAAAUGGACACGGACCCAGAGAGCUUGCCCCUUUCCUGAUUUGUUUUUGUUUUUCACAUUGAAGACACUCCCUCUUUCUCCUGCUGUACAGAGCUGGGCCCUUUGAUGUCCUGUUCUCCAAGUAAUACAGAGAUGGAGGAGGGGGCUCUGGGGGACAGGCAGACCCCCAGCCUCGCAUCAGCAAUGCAUCCAGCGGCUCGUCUGUCUGACUCAUGAGAAAUGGCCAACAGCUGAGAAGUGAUCUCUCAAACAAAAUCGACUGGAAAUUGCUGUCACGCUCCAUGUUUUCCCCGUAUGGCUAUCACCUUAUGUGUUGCAUUUUACCCUGAGAGAAUGGACUGAUCUGAAAUACAUUGUUGAACAAUGUUAUUCACUGACAGAGACAAAUGUUCGUUGCACAAACAGUACGAUGAUGUAAAUGUGUAAAAUAUUCUGUUGCUGUUCUAAUGUUGUUCCAAUGUAACAUGCAGUAUGCAGUAUAUUUGUUGCUGAAAAAAAAGAUGGCUAUCAUAGAUACAUAGUACUUUGUGGAUGAAAAAAAGAGAAAACAUUUCAUGCUUUCCAUGCAAAUACAGAUGCUGUUUAUUAAUUGUCUUAAAAUAUAAAUAUGGGCCAGUACUGCUGUGACAGCUGUAGCCAAUGUUGUAUGUUCUUAAAGCACAGGGUUUAAUUUAAAAAAAAGAAGUAAAAUUAAUAAAUAUAAAAUAGCGUGACAGUGCAAAUAUGCAAAAGAUUGUAAUGUUUUAUAUUACCCUUCAUAAAAUAUUAAAGUGAGUUUUUACUUUUCUAAUAAAGUGGCACAUUAUAACAUG